GGCCAGCACUACUUAAGCUUUAAGAAGAAGUUUCAGAGACUUAAGGCGAUUUCUCAUCAUUUCAUCAACAAUGGCUACCUUAUCUCUGUAUGUUCUAGCUCUGUAUGUUCUUCCAAUCAUGGUUUCCGCAGAGUCUCACUCCUACAUUGUCCAUAUGGAUUCUUCCCUCAAGCCCAAACCCUUCUUAGAUCACCACAAUUGGUAUUUGGCCACCCUUUCCUCUCUGUCAGAGGGUGCUAAUGGUAAGAUGAAGCUGAUCCAUACCUACACUGAAGCAAUGCAAGGCUUCAGUGCAAUUCUCACCCUUUCUGAGCUUCAAGCCCUUACAAGCUCUCUUGGCUUCGUUUCCUAUUCUCGCAAUCGCCCUCUUAAACUUCUCACCACCCAUUCUCCUCAAUUCCUUGGUCUAACACCCAAGUCUGGUGCUUGGCCUGUUUCAAAUUAUGGUGAAGAUGUCAUAAUUGGGGUACUUGACAGCGGAAUUUGGCCCGAGAGUGAGAGCUUCAGCGACGAAGGAAUGACUCCAGUCCCAUCUAGGUGGAAAGGAAAAUGUGAAUCCGGCACCCAAUUCAACUCCUCCUACUGCAACAACAAACUCAUUGGAGCUCGGUUCUACAGCAAAGGUUAUAGGGCAGAGAAUCCCGACAAAAAAAUCUCGAUGAACUCGGCCCGCGACACUAAUGGACAUGGGACUCAUACUUCUGCCAUUGCUGCCGGUAAUUAUAUCAAGGGAGCGUCCUAUUUUGGCUACGCUUCUGGCACAGCUACAGGCAUGGCUCCAAGAGCUCGGCUAGCCAUUUACAAAGUUGGUUGGUACGAGGAAGUGUCUCCAUCUGAUCUCCUUGCAGGUGUAGACCAAGCAAUUCGAGAUGGGGUGGACAUAUUGUCACUUUCUUUGGGUUAUAGCUUAUUUAAUGACACGUAUUUGGGUGAUGACCCAGUUGCAGUCGCAACUUUUGCAGCUAUGAAGAAGGGGAUUUUUGUAGCAGCAGCAGCCGGGAACUAUGGGCCUGAAUAUUUUACCUUGAGUAAUGGAGCACCAUGGGCACUGAUUGUUGGAGCGGGAACUAUGGAUCGCAAGCUCGGUGGAAUUUUAAACCUGGGAAAUGGUAUGAAAAUCAGUUUCAUAUCCUUGUAUCCAGGUAUCUUCUCAAGAGAUACCCAAAUACCACUUGUUCUCAAUAAUGGUUGCCAAAGUACGAAGGAACUGAGGAAACUGAGAGGCAACAUUGUUGUUUGCAUCGCCAAUUCGAGCAUAGAUUUUCAAGUUCAGAAUGCCAAAUCUGCAAAGGUUAGAGCAGCCGUUUUCAUUACCAAUACCACAGUGUCAGAUGAAAACGACGGCAGCUUAUUUCCAGCAGCAUUUGUUGCUGAUCAAGAUGGCAAAAUGCUGAUAAACUACAUUAAGCGUAGUAGCCAUCCUAAAGGAGCUUUGGAAUUCAGAAAAACAUUUAUCGGUACGAAGCCAGCACCUAAGGUUGAUGUCUAUAGCUCUAGAGGGCCAUUUCCAAGCUGCCCCCAAAUUCUCAAACCAGACAUUUUAGCCCCUGGAACAUUAAUCUUGGCAUCAUGGUCCACAACUAGUUCAGUAUCUCUAGAUCCGUCACACUCUAUGUUUAGUAACUUCAAUCUUGCGACAGGGACUUCAAUGUCGGCACCUCAUGUGGCCGGUGUGGCUGCGCUUAUCAAAUCUGUGCAUCCUGAUUGGAGUCCUGCGGCUAUUAGAUCAGCUCUUAUGACCACAGCGAAUCCAUUAGACAACACUCACAGCCCUAUCAAAGACGCUUACGGAAACCUCAUUGCAAGCCCUUUAGCCAUUGGAGCAGGACACAUCAAUCCCAACAAGGCUCUUGAUCCAGGACUAGUCUAUGAUGCAGCAGCAGAUGACUACAUAAAGCUUCUAUGUGCAAUGAAUUACACAGCAAAGCAGAUACAAACUAUCACAGGGUCCAUUUACAGAUGUGCCAAUUGGUCCAAUACUGAGCUUAAUUACCCUUCUUUUAUUGCUUACUUUAAUAGUGAUGGUUCAAAUUCUGCUGCAAAUAUUGUCCAAGAGUUCAGGAGGACACUGACAAAUGUGGGAGAGGAACAGUCAUGUUAUAGUGUUAAUUUCACAGCCAUGCCAGGUUUUAAACUGAAGGUGGAGCCACAGAGGUUGACGUUCAAGAAGAAGUACGAAAAGCGAAGUUAUAAGCUGACUUUGGAAAGUCCAAAGUUCUUGAAAGAAGUUGUGGUUCAGGGCUCACUUAGUUGGGUGGAUGAUGGUGGAAAAUAUAAAGUGAGGAGUCCAAUAGUGGCCACAAACAUAGUGAUAGAUUCUCUGUUAAAGGCUUAACUAGUUGUAGCUAGCCUGUAGGUAAGCACGAGUUAAGGUAUCUGCGUCAUUCUCUAGCGUUGUUAGAACUUACAAGGUUGUACCUGGGAACAAGAAAGUAAGGUCAAAUAUGAUCAAAAUAAAAGGUUUGGUUAAACCAACGUUUCCUUGG